AGAGGAGAAACUUAAUACCUGGGGGCUGAGGGGGUAGAAGGCUUUGCUUUCUCAGGUCGGGAUGGUUUGGAGCCCAUCUAAAUGGGCAGAGAUGUGACCUGUGGGAUCCACCUUCUGCUUUUCUUCAGUCUGAGAACUGCUCAUAUCAUUUCUGGAACUUGCAAAGCUUCCUGGGUGGCAGAUGGAUGAGGCCUUUUUGGAACCCAUCAAACUAAUGAGUGCUUCUGUCCAAGGGUGACCUGCCUUUGGAGGAACCCUGAGCUCCUUACCUGACAAGGAGAGGUUUGUAGCAGCAGAAGUCCUUCUGCUCUUGGAGCAAAGAGUUGUCAACAGGAAUAGCUGAUGUGAUCACAGAGGGAAAGUGCUUUGGGCUAAUUCAGAAAGGAGGGAGCUGCUUGCUUUUGACCAUCUUGUGGACUCUUCUAGGGCCAUUUUUCUUUGGACAGUGCUGAAAAUAUGUGAGUGAAUCAAGAUGCUCUCUUGUUGUGGGAUUUCAGCUGUGAGCUUUCCUAUCUGCUACCUGAAACCAACAGCGGACAAAGGACAUUGUAUUUGUUAGAGGAAAGACAAGGUUACUUACUCUAGGUCUCUGGAAACAAAAACAAUGCUCCUUUCCCCUUUCCUUUCAAGGGCAACGUACGGAGAGAAAAAGAAUUGUCCCAUGUAAACACAAUUCAGGAUUCCAGCAACUUAAUGGUAAUGUUGCCCAUGCAGAUGGAGUGAAAAACUGGAGAGCAGUGCUUGUUGGAUGGACGUGAAGAUGCCAUCAGCGUCUUCAAAACCCUGGGCCCUGCCUGUGAACUUAACAGAGAGACCUGUCUGCAAAAUUGUUCCAAGUAGACCUCAGCCCCGCUGCUUCCUUCUGCCAGUGGGUUUGGAGCUCUGGGUGUAUGUUCAGAAAAUGCGCAACCUGCAGAAGAAGAGAAUGGAGGCAUCCUGCCUCGAACUGGCCCUGGAAGGAGAGCGCUUGUGCAAGGCUGGGGACUUCAAAGCUGGGGCAGCCUUCUUCGAAGCAGCAGUGCAGGUGGGGACAGAGGACCUGAAGACUCUCAGUGCCAUCUACAGCCAGCUGGGCAAUGCCUAUUUCUACCUAAAAGAGUACUCCAAGGCCUUGGAGUACCACAAACACGACCUUACCCUGGCCAGAACCAUCGGGGACCGCAUUGGAGAAGCCAAGGCAAGCGGCAACCUCGGGAAUACAUUGAAAAUACUUGGGCAGUUUGAUGAAGCUGUCGUUUGUUGCCAGAGACACUUGGAUAUUUCUCAGGAGCAGGGAGACAAGGUAGGUGAAGCCAGAGCACUCUAUAAUAUAGGAAAUGUUUACCACGCAAAAGGAAAGCACUUAUCUUGGAACAUGGCCCAAGACCCAGGCUACCUGCCUCAAGAAGUCAAGGAGACGCUACAGAAAGCUUCAGAAUAUUAUGAGAGGAACCUGUCCCUGGUGAAGGAGCUGGGGGACAGAGCUGCACAGGGCCGUGCUUAUGGCAACCUCGGCAACACCCAAUACUUGCUUGGCAACUUCAGUGAAGCUAUAGCCUUCCACAAGGAGCGCCUUGCUAUUGCGAAGGAGUUUGGGGACAAGGCAGCUGAGCGGAGAGCGUACAGUAACCUGGGCAAUGCACACAUCUUCCUCGGGAGGUUUGACAUCUCUGCUGAGUAUUACAAGAAAACGCUCCAGCUCUCCAGACAACUCAAAGACCAAGCAGUAGAAGCCCAGGCUUGCUACAGUCUUGGGAACACGUACACACUGCUUCAAGACUAUGAAAGAGCAAUCGAGUACCAUCUAAAACACUUGGUGAUAGCACAGGAGCUAGGAGACAGGGUGGGAGAAGGAAGAGCCUGCUGGAGUCUCGGAAAUGCCUAUGUCUCCCUGGGGAGCCAUGAACAAGCUUUGCACUUUGCAAGGAAACAUCUUGAAAUCUCCCAAGAGAUCGGGGACCGGAACGGUGAGCUGACGGCACAGAUGAACAUGGCCCAGCUCAAGUCGGCCCUUGGCUUGAGCCCCGGGGAUGAGGACAUGGGUACAGCUCAUCACUAUUCUGGCUAUGAAGCACAAGGAGCCAGGCCAAAGAGACUCCAAAGGAACAGCAUGGACAGCUUAGACCUCCUGAAGUUCCCUUCUGAAAAGGACCAGAAUGGGGACAGCCAUCACGUGGGAGACAUGAAGAUCUCGGGAAAAGAGUUCUUGUCACUACCUGCAAGGUCAAAGAAAUACCGGGAGCACCAAUCCAGUUCAGAGAGAAAGUCCCAGGGGUCGAGUACAUCGCCACUGGAUACCAGUGAAGUCCGAGUCCAGGUGUCACAGUCGAAAAUCAACCGGACCCCUUCGGAUGAGGAAUGCUUCUUUGACCUGUUGAGCAAGUUCCAGAGCAACCGGAUGGAUGAUCAGCGCUGCCCGUUGGAAGAAUGCCCAUCGGAGGCUGCAGAGGCGGCUGCCACACCGGUCCCUGCCCUGGAAGAGCGGAUAUCGCAGUCCUCCCUCAUGGCGUCUCCGCAGACGGAGGAGUUCUUUGAUCUCAUCGCCAGCUCCCAGAGCAGACGGCUGGACGACCAGCGUGCCAACGUGGGCAACCUGCCUGGCCUCCGGAUAACGCACAACAACCUGGGGCACCUGCGCGUGGAGGGGGAUGCCCAGGAGCCCGGGGACGAGUUCUUCAACAUGCUCAUGAAGUGUCAGUCCUCCAGGAUAGAUGACCAGCGCUGUGCACCCCCAGACUCCAUCCCCCGCGGCCCCACCAUGCCGGAUGAAGAUUUCUUCAGCCUCAUCCAGCGCGUCCAGGCCAAACGCAUGGACGAGCAGCGGGUAGAUUUGGCCUCGGCCCAGGAGGAGGCAGCAGAGGAGCAGCAGAGGCCUGGUUCCAGCUAAGAACUGGGGUUUGGUUUGAUGGGGGGUUGGUUUUGGUUUAAUUUUGUUUUGUAAAAAAAAAAAAAAAAAAAAAAAAAAAGCGUAGGGGGUUUCCCAAAGCUGUCCCAAGAGCUGGCCCCGGGACACGGGGAGCUGCGCCUCCGUUGUGCUGCACCCGCCUGCUCUGCAGAGGCUGUUACAGGGAGGCCCACGAAGUGGGGGACAGUUUUUAAACAAGGUGUUUUUUAGGACACACGGCCACUGUAACACCAGGCACAGCACAAGGGAUGAAGACUUUGGCAGCCCCUUUCGCUUCUCACCUAAAAAUCCAGGAACUUUUGCUGUCGGCCAAAGGAGGAGCCCAGAGCGUGGGUAGUUAACUCCAGCCUUGAUGUCUUUUAUUUCCACAACACUUUUAAUGGGGGAAGGGAAAAGCACCUUUUCCAUUUUGAAGUGCUCCUGUCUUGCCUGCAUCACGAGGUGACACAAAUUGUUCUGGAUCCUCCCCUUGGAACAUCUCGCUCAGCUUUGUUCUUUCUACAGGAGGAAACGAGCCCAAGUCAGAGGCCACACCAGCCCUUUUAAACCUCACCCCCACCUCUGCUGCAGUCGUGGUCCCACACACCUUAAAAGUUCAUGUUGGGUUUGCUGAGGACUCUGCAGUGAGCCCUGUGUCACCCCCUCUGCUCCCCCAGCCAUGGUGCAGAGCUGCACCGGGGCCUCCUGAGCAGGAGCAAAGCCUUGCUCAUCCUGAGCAGUAGAGGAAUUUGGUUACCUCUAGAGAAAAGCCGUGCAGCAAAGCCCAGCUCCUGCCUGGGACAAAGCCUGAGAAGAGGGGCCGGGGCCUGGGCAGGGGGAAGGAAACCUCUGCCCCUUGUUCAGCACCAGGCGAAGGCGGGCAGCGCGUCGCUUCUAGUGCUGCUGAGCCAAAGCCUCGUGCAGGGUUGCCCUGGGCGCAGGUGAGCGUGCCCGAGGCAGGAGCCAGCAUUCGGCAAGGACCCGCUCUGGGAGCCAGCAGAGUCUGGUGGCCCCGGCUUAUCGGUGUGUGGGGGCAGGCAGGACCCCCCCACAUCCCCCCCCCGUCGGGGGUAACAGCCCUUCCCUGCCCAGAGCUGAGCUGCUCCUGUCCCUGCAGGCUCCGGCAGAGCUGCUCUCGGCCAGGCGCUUGGGUUUUGCCCUGUCUGUCUCCAAUACACGGAGCCUCAUGAGAGCUCCAGACUGGGGUGCCGGCUGGGAAGUCCGUUCCACCCCCUCACAAGCCAAGUCUACAUUUACUUUCAUUCCUUCCUCUCUUGGAACAGUUGGAAAAGCAAGCGCAGAGGAAGGGGAGCAGGAAUCUAACUUCAGGAGGUGGAGUAUUUUUUCUUUGCUUGACCAGAUAGGCUAUCUUGGACUUUAGAAACUCCAGUAAUGAGUCUGCCAAAGCAGAUGUGUUCCUUUAGAGAACAAAUCAGCACUUUCUAUUUGAAAUGCAUUUGAUGGAAACAUUUCCAACCAGCAGUAAGAUUUUUAGACCAGUGAUGCUGCUCAUCGGGCAUUUAACCUGCCUGCACUGACCCGUGGAGGGGUGGCUGCGUUUCACCUGCUGCCCGAGGCUCAGCCUCCUGCCUGGGGCUGGUCCGAGCUCUGGAAAAGGGACAGGACCUGCCCAGCCACCGCCGGACUGACCCAGCUCGCAGUUCUAAAGAGGAGGAAAACAUUGAAGAUGAAGAUGACUUGACCAGCUGCAGGCUCGGACCUGUGCAGCUCUCGGCCAGGUGGUGAACUGGAAUCUGACCGUUAAGCUUUCAGAGGUGUUAAUUAUUUGCCAUAUACUUGAAUGUAUGAGCUUAUUUAUUUUUUACAUGUGCAUUUGCUAAUGUCAUUUUAGUGGGGAAUUUCCAACCCACAGGUACUUUUUUUUCUAAAAAAAAAAAAUAAUCUGCCAAAUGAAUUAAUAUAUUAGAAAUGAAUACAGCUCAAGGGGAAGGGGGAGUUGUGCUUAAUAAAUAUUUGUGUCUAAGCUUCAGUGA